UGACCAAGUACAUUCACGCACUUUUUGCUAAAACGUACCGUAUGACUGUAUGACCCAAAAUUUCCCACGCCGCACAAGAGUUUCUGCAUUUGUUGCUAAUAAUUUAUUGUUGUGGGCAUGGUAUUGUUGACAAGCUAAUAAUAACGCAGCAAUGAGACUGAAAAGAAGCAGAAGAAAGAACCAAGGGCAACAGGAUGUGGAGGUGUCGGAUUCCACCCUGUCGAACAAUCAGAGCAUUGCCAGACUGGCUGUGUUGCUCCUAGGAUGUGUCUUGUUUGUCAUGGCAAGCUGUGGAUACCGGUACUACCUGAAUGAUGUGGGUGCUAUUAUAGAACAGACACUCAAAAACCCCAAACAAGGCGACAAUGAGGAAGACACCAAUGGUGAGGAGGAAGAGACACCGUUGGAUGGAAGAACCACAAUCGAGACAAUACCACACAACCUCUACACGCCCAACACAACCAUCAUUUCACUGAGUCUACCCAGCACACACCAACCCGUUCUUCCCCGGUACUUUGAUUGUGCUGGACACCCACCCAGUAACUUUGGACGCUAUUGGACCAACUUAGACCGAGAAAGUAACUUUCGCCGGCCAAUCGGCCAAUGCAUGAAGUCCAAUAUCCAGACUCGCAAACCCAUUAUGAAAAAUUGUGGCAACUACAAUAUCUGGCAGGACUUAGACUGGUAUGAACCACCUUCCCCGAGAGCCAUCAAUGCAACGGGAGUCUGCUUUGAACCGGUCCUGUAUCCAGGUGCUCUGGAGGCAAUGUACAAGGCAAUGCCCAAUGCAACAAUCAUCAACAUGAUACAACAACCUAGAGAAUGGUUCCGAAGGCUCCCCUAUGACAUUCAUGAACGGUGGUCCACAUGGUGCAACCCAUCUCAUGGUGGCAGGUUUCCUACUGAACACAAUCUUGGCCACUACAAGAGCUUUUACAACAGGUACCAUCAGGUCUUGCGUGAUUUUGUAGCGAGACAUGCAGGAUGGCAAUUGAUCGAAAUUGACCUGACCAAGCCAGCAACGGUCAUUGGUGAUCAGCUAGAAACAAAGCUGAGAAUUGAUCCCCUGUGCUGGGUGGAUUCGACUGAGGGCAACAUACCCCUGUACAAACAAAAAAUGCCAUCGGGCGUCCAAGCUAUUACUGAAAGGCUUCCCAGGCCCAACGAUAUCACAUUCCCCAUUCUUGUGGCAACCAUGGAAAAGAGUGGCACGACGACGGCCACUGACUACUUUAAUUGUGCCAUGGGAAUGAAUACUGCAUCACAUCAAUGGACUAUGCGACAACACAACGGAGACCACAUGAAUAUUGGCAAGUGUUUUGAAGCCAAUGUGUUGGAUAAACGCCCUCCUCUGGAGAAUUGUGGACACUGGCGUGUCUUUGCCCAGAUCAAUCUGUUCAAUGCUGACAAGAAUGAUCCUGAAUGCUACUUUCCUGCAUUGGAAGGAGGACUGGAAGCCUUCGGACAGGCAUACCCGUACGGCACCGUCUUGCUCCAGAUUCGAAAUGCAUCAACCUGGUAUUCGUCGAUGAAGCGCUGGAGCGCUCUCGACAGACGAUUUGCUACGUCCCCCGGCUGCCGGCAAAAGGGCCUCACACCUCAUCCUAAAGCCACUGAAGCCAUGUGGGUGGACUUCUAUGAGACUUACACCAAGCGUGUACGACAGACCAUGGAACUCUACCCCAACUUGAACUAUGUGGAAGUGCCCCUGUCUGACAAGAUUGGGCCCACUAUGGACAACAUCUUUGGGUUUUCUCAGGAAACAAAUUGCUGGAAGCACAAGAACAGCAAUCCCAAAGUUGAAAAGCAACACUAAAUGUCAUUGUUGCUGGCCUGGGUAUUGGUUUCAUAUGGUCACGAGGGGCAUGAACGGGACGGUAACAUUUGGGUAUGAUUCAUGCAACACUCACGAGUUCUGCGGAUAAGGGAUGUUGCUUGCUAAGAGCGCUAAAGCACUACAAAUGGAUUCCUUACAGCUUUGAGCAAGGAAGGGGCCAUUGUUGCGAUUGCUCUGAGAACUCCUGAUUUACUGACAACAUUACCUGUAUAGUGCAUUCAAUCCACUCCACCCAUCCAUCAAAAUUUGAAAUCCUCACAGAGCGCCUCCCACUCGGCAAAUCCCGGUGAGAAUUCCUCCUUGAAACUGGUCUUGGCGGCUUCUUCCAUGACAUGGACUGGCGGUGGCGGUGGCAGAGUUCCACCGCACGCGGCCAUGAGUCGCAACUGAAUCUCGCAGGCGCGUUCGAAGUAGUACGCCAGCACAAAAACUUCAGGGACCGAUUUCCCAUAGCAAACAAACCCAUGAUGUUCCAAGAGUAGUGUAUUAUUAUUGGUACUACCAUCCGGUUGUUGUUGUUGUUUGGCCGCUUGCACCGCCGCCAUGAGUUUGGGUAUUUCGGCGGGAUCAUCCGAGAUUCCAUCCCACGGAUAGCGUGCGACGCGUUGGUAAAAAUAGGCCGCAUCUUGCGUCAUUGGAACAAAUCCCUGUGGCAAACAGGACACGGCCGUGGCUGCCGGUGUAUGCCAAUGAAGAAUGGCGCCUACAUCUUUGUCGGCGGCGUAAAUGGCGGAAUGAAUCAAAUCGGCCGUGACAUUGUGGGAACUAAAGACCAUGUCUUCGGGGCGCAUGUGUUUCCAAAGCUUGUUACCGGGUGUGAUGAGACAUCCAUCUUGGAACCGUGCCGAGAUGUGAUUCCAAACCAACAUAUCGGCCGAGUGAUCGGCUGUGAGACGAUGCGCCACGGCCAAGUCAUAUCGCAUGGUAGCUUCAUCGGCGUACCCAGUACUAGUAGUAUCGUCGUCAAAAUUGACAGGUUGCGAACUGAAACUCCGUGACACGGGUAGUCUGGUUGUCAGACGAGCUCUGCCAAGAGACACCUUGCUGGCAAACUUGGAAAACAUCAUGCUCCUUGUUGAUUGAUUGAUUUGUCCAAACAAAAAGAUUGUGGCUCUAGCUAGACUGCGCACUUGGAAACCUAACCACCAGAGCUCAUGGAGCCUGCCAAGAAGGAAGUGGUCCUGUUCGCAUUGCUUGUUCUCCAGAAGUGGAGAGGUUCAGGGAUCUUGCCUUCAUUUUUUCAUUUUUAAAUUUUACUGUUAC